AUCAACUCAGCAAAGCAUACCAGAGCAUCAAGUACAAGCCUCUACUACUACUUACCACUACUACUCUCAUCAACUUCGAAUACAUCGAACCAACAACACCAACAAUCACAAUGCCUAACUUCCUCAACACCAUUGCCAGCCGCGCAAAGGCUCACCACGAGAGCGUCAAUGCCGCAUGCAACACCUACUACACCGGCUCAUCACCUGCCUCUCGAACAGCUUCACCUGAAGCUUCCCGCAGCUCUUCUGUUGCCGGUCCAUCCGCACCCAAGAACCCUACCAACGCCGCCAAGGCCUGGAAAGCUAUCAAGAAGCACCACCGCGAGAUGAACGAGGCCUUCGCUGUCUACUACAGCCCCGGCAACUCUCCCUCCGCCUCCAGGAACUCAUCUGCCGUCUCUAGCCCAAGGCAGAGUGCCGAAGCACCCAGGAACUCUAGCGUCAGCGAGGUCAAGGAGGCUGGCCCCAGGAACUACCAGAAGGCGUGGAAGGCUCUCAAGACCAGGGCUAUCGAGCACCACAGGAGCGUCAACGCUGCCUACAACCAGACCUAUGGACUGCACAUGCGCCAAUAGAUGGGAUGUAGAGAGGGGUUCUUGAAAAGAAUUGGAGGUGGAAGUAAUGGUUGACAGACGAAACGGAAACGGAAAACAAAAGUGCUUUUUGGGAUAGCAAUAUACCACUGCGGGAUUCGGUAGCUUGGGAGUUUUUUGAUAUUAGAAGAAUCAGAUCGGAUGGAUCUGAGUAAUACACGAAGGAUUUAAUACCAAUUGUUUUUGCA